AUGGAGACACUGCCUGCCGAGAUCAUCCUGAACUGUUUCUCAUGCAAGUCACAUUUCAUCUUCAUACCACCUUCAGCAACUAAUACGCAUACUCCGUACAGUUCUUGAUCCUCCUGAGAUUGUCAACUUGCAGCACGUGUGCAAGCGGUUCCUUGAAAUCGGAAGAGAUAACACAUUUUGGCGGGAGCGUUGCUUUCUAGAAUCCGCUUUUCUUAAGAGCCUCCGCCGUAGACGAGAACUCCUCAACACCGAGCCGUCGCAAGAGCCCCACUUCCACGAUCUUGCCAGAGCUUUGGCUGAUGGAAAUGCUUUUGGUGAUUCGAGGCUGGCAGAGUCCCGACAAGAGGCACGAAGUUUCAAGGAAGUUUCUAAUGAGAAGAUACGGAUCUUAGCCAACUGGGAUCCUUCCUAUCCACAAGAGCGGAUAAAUUGGUAUGAUGAAUGGAUUUCUCGCCAUGGACCUAUCCAAACAAUUUGGAUUCAGCAGCCUCGCUGUCGGGAAGGCUCUCAGCGUGAACAUCUAGAAAUCCGUGGCAUGGGACUCUAUACCGAGCCAGGAGACUCCUAUUCAACACUUGUAGUAGCCCCAUUGGAUGACGGGAGUGUAUGCAUCUGGGAUAUUGGCACAAAGGGCCGAAAGGGAAAAAUCAUCAGCAGAAGCAAACCGGGGAUUCUUUUCGCGGAAAAGGCUUGCCUCGACGGAGCGGCCAAUCAUCCAAGACUAAUCAGCCCAGGAGUUACCGAGUGUGUCAGCGUAGACAGCGCCCGUAAGAGAGCAUAUAUUGCUGUUCUAAAUGGUAUGUUGACGUUCAGUCAUUAUUUACUUGUGUAAACAUUCCAGGUUUAACCUCGUCUGGGUCUGUGGAAAAGGGGCUUCCUGAGAGUCUCAAUAGCCUCUGACAUAAGUGAAACCUCUACCAACUCCAUACUUCGUAAGAGACACGGUCAUUACUCUGAACACACCUAUGCUAGAAUAUUAUUAUUCUAAAAGCCUCGCACAACUAGAACAAUUAUCCGCAUGGGUUGGGUCAGCAUAAUCGUAACCUCUCACUUCUUAUUAACCUGGGUAAAAUGGGACAAUUAAGUUACUUGUGCUAACCCUUUGGCAUCAUGAUUUUGAUGGUGUGUACAGAGUAAUGACCAUGUAUCUUACUCCCAGCAAACACUUUUCCCCAUCUGCUGUCAAACCGAUAGAUUCGUUAUGCGUGCCUGGCUUUCUUCUCCUACACAGUUCCCGUUCCUGCGACUGUCACGAGAUAUCUUCAUACUUACAGUCUGGACUCCACAGAUAUCAUUGAGGUCGACCUACAAACUCUCACAGCCGUUGGUCGAGAGAUAUUGCCCUCCACAAUUACAGCUCUAUCGGAUGCAAAGUGCCCAUGUCCCAUAACAGUUGGGACCAAUCUGUCUCUCUAUCUCUACGAUCCCCGCACGCGAACGUUAAGUAAUUCGUCUGUCGAUUCCUCUGGCGAGGAAGCAAGGCUGGAUUCAUAUGCGCCCGGGUUUAAUCUAUUGGCCGAAUCAGGUGCGCUCAAUCUUCAAAGGAUUCUUGACCCAGAACCCAGGCCAAUGUAUGCACACCUCACCUCUGGACCUUUAAGUAUUCUGCAUUUACCUAGUUCUGGACAUGACUGGGAUGUGAAUGGAGAGAUCUACGUUGCGGGGCGCUUUCCAAGUAUAUUGAAUUAUGACAGGCGGUAUUUCCCCAAGCUCCGAGGCUCUAUACAUUCUGGGGCGAGGCUUUGCAGCAUGACCUCCCUUCCCUAUCCGUUUGCUUCAAUGGACAAGGAUCUAGCAAGACGCGGCGAGCUCUCUUUACAACAAGUUGAAGAAGCAAAGACUCGACCAGGUAAGACGUUGAUUGCAUGCGGCGAAUACAAUAGCAAAGGCUCCUUGGAAAUGUACGGUCUGUCACCAAACCCCUACCUGUCUACUACAUCCUCAAAUCUGGCUGCCGGUAGACUGCAAGACUCGGUCAUGAAGAACCGCCAAACUUCUUCCAAUUCAAAAUUGCUCUCUGUAUCAAACCAUGGAACCAGGAUUGUCGUUUCUGAUGGCGGCGGGAAUCUGAAAUGGCUUGAGAGGGAUGGGUUUACCGAAGCGCGGAAAUGGAAUAUUGCGGAUGAUUCUGUUGAGGCUCCUCGGGGAAUAUUUGGAUCUGCGGAGUCAGAUUUGGGCGAUAUAGCAAUCAAGCUUGCCAAUACACACAACGGGCGCACUGACAGAGGUGUGAACGAGGAUAACUUGGUGCUGUGGACGGGCGAGAAGAUCGGACUCCUCAGCUUCUCAAGCAAGCCAGGGUUUUCCGCCGACGAUUUUGAAGAGAAAGGAGCACAAACCCCCGAAGAAGCUCAGAAAGAAAGCGACGAAUGGGAAUACUCGCAAACUAUGCGCCGGGCAUUACAGAUUAAUGCUGAUGAGGUCAGAUUCAUGAGAGGAUUGGGUCUUGGACUUGGUGGCAGCGGACAUCCAUAA